AUUGGAAACGUUUUAAAAUUAUCUAUAUAUGUGUCAUUUUCAAUGUCACAAAACAUGACAUUUGAAGAAGGGUGUGUCUUGUUUAUUUCUUUGCAUUAGGCAAUGGGACCGCGCAAAUGUUAGGAAUUUACUGUAUUUGUUUUAUUAAUCGCUUAGCGGCUACUACUGGACGGUAAUUCAAGCGAGAGACAGGAGGUAGAAGAAGGGGGGGAGGAGGAGGGAGAGGAGCAAGCAGAGCAUCUUCCUCUCCCGGGCGCCUCACACUCUCCAAGGAAGCCGCAAUGGAAACACGAUGACACGGAGCGGGCUGGCUCGGCGAAACAUGGCUGGAGUGCCCUCAAGCAUUGUCCGGGGAAAAUUUUGCCAGCGACAAACAUGAAAGAGGGGCGUGUGAUGAUGAGGAAAAUAAUCGACGGUUGUGGAGAAUUAACAAACGGGCUUGACUCUUCUAUGCGGCCAACUUCCUGCGCUACGUCUGCUUUUCUUCUUGAUUUCUUUCCCCCCCCCUUAGUGUUAUUAUUUUUCGAAACGAACACAUUCUUGUCAACAAAAUGUUGAAUUUGGCGCUUUUUCGCAGAAAAAGCUCAUCGUGGACAUCUGUCUUGCUGUUACUGUUCAUGUAAGGAAAAGGAAACAAUAGAAAUAACCAACACUCUCAUGGACAUUAUGACACAAUAUUUACACUUAAGCGGCUGCUGUCACACGCCAGUGCGCAUGCGCGGUGGUAGACGGCGUUAGCUCGCCGCCUGGCAGCCACAGCGUCCUGCCCGGGCUGGCUGCGAUGUAGUCGCACGAGUGGGAGAAAACAACACGGGAGGGUGGACAUGGCUAAAAAGUGUCCUCGGCGCGGCGUGAAGACAAUUUCACUGGUGGGCACGCUGGUGGAAAUAGGCCGGCCGUAAAGUGUCAAGCAUGUCCGGGACACCCGACGGCGCAGAGGGAGCAGUGUCCAAAGUGCAAGUCAAGAAGGAGAUCAAGACCAUCGUGGAUAAUUUGGAAACCAUCCUGGGCGACCUCAAGGAUGUGGCCAAGGAGCUCAAAGAGGAAAUUGUGCAGAGGAUCAUUUGUUCGGACACCACGCGAGCUGAAAAGAUGCCUCGAGGGGCCGUUGCUAUCAAUGCCAGGGUCGUCCACGAUAUCGACACGCUGACGUGCGACCUGCAGCUGGAGGAGGACGGCCUGACGGAUAGCUCCAAGACAGACACGCUCAACUCCAGCUCGAGUUCCACCGCCACCACCACGGCGUCCAGCCUGGAGAAGAUGAAGCUCUUCGGGGACGACUGCCUCUUCAUAGCGCCGGCCCCCGUCUCCCCGCUCCUCGCCCUCCCUCCCGCGGUUUUGACCGUUCACAAGAAGGCGCUCCCGCCCUUGCCGCCACCCAGACUCACCUCGGUGAGAACCGAGCAUCACAACGGAAAAAAUCGGCCUCAUCCCACGUUGGUGCUAUCGGGGAACGUAUCCAAGGCGAACGGAGCCUUAUUGAAGAACGGUGGCGUUUUUUCCUUGAAGCCGAACCGUGAUCUAUUCUCACCCACGUCGUGUUUCAUUACAAACGACGGCAGUGUCCCGGAGUCCGGCCCGGUUCCUACACUGCCCAGACCGAUGCCCCUUCUCCGCCACGAAAAGAACAAAUGCCCCAAGGCCCCCGGCCGGGAGCCCCGCGAGCGCGUCCGUUUCAGCGAGAAGGUCCAGUACCACGGUUACUGUCCGGACUGUGACCUGCAGUACGACGUGGAUGACUCAGAGUUGCACUUGCAGUCGGAGCUGAGCGAGAUGCGGCUCAGCCCUGUGCACUUUUGCUCCUCUUCCUCCCCUCCUCCUCCUCUUCCUCACGAACGAAUGCUGGAAAACGGCGGCCUCUCGGUCAGCCGCGGUUUUGCGCCCAAAGCCGCUGCUCCUCCGCCUUGCAUAGCACCCCACCCGGGUUCCCUCAAACCCCAGAAAACAAUCCUACGCAAAUCGACCACAACCACGGUUUGACGACAAGCCCCGCGCGACCUGUCUGACAUACACGAUCCUGAAUCAUUCAUAGUGUUUUCCACUUAGCCAGCUCCAAUUUUUCGGAUUAUUCAAACAGCCAGGCCGGAAAAUGGCAGACGGAGGAGGCGAAAUAGAAGCAAGUGGCAUCGCCGUGGAUUCCGAGACGUACGCACGCAGAUUUAGACCGAGCGGUCCCUGUGAGACCCUACAGCCGCACCUGCGAAGGAUGCUGGAGAGUGGAAGCCAAGCAUCUAUCUUAUUGUUUGACUGCUCUCUGCCAACAGGAGAUAAAUCCAGGCUUUGGAUUCUGAGCACCUAAAAAAAAAAAAAAAAAAAAGUAACUUUGAUGCAGAAACGGUGGAAUGGGGAUGGGGAGGUUGUGCAGACAAUAAUAUGAGAAGAAGUGCUGUUGUAGUCCUCACAAAGUCAGUAUAAACAAACUUUAUUUAUAUUUCAUAAAUGUUUACGGAAUAUUACACGUCUAUAAAAUGUUUUAAUAACAUUAACUAAUAAAUGCAAUCCUAAGAGGUUCACAUGAUGUAUUUAAUUGUGAUGGGAUGUCAUUGCACAUUUUUUGGCAGUAUUCUCCAAUUUCACAUUCUUUGUGGGGACCGCCUCAGUUUCUCAGUUAAAGUAACUAUUAAAUAAAUGGUCGUUAGAAAACUGUCGAAGUGUGUCAACGGAAAGAUGUUGACUCAUGCAGAGGUGGAAAUUCGCUUUUGCUGAAGUUGGAGUGUGUUUGUUUCGAGAGUCUCUGUUCUCUGCUGGACUGAAGCCAAGUGAAAUUGAUGUUCUGUCGGUAUGCACCGUCUCUCACGGACAACGUGUUCAUCAUCAUCCAUUUCGCUAUGUGGACACGGAUUGAUGAGGAAAUAUUAAUUUGCAUCAAAUAUUCCUUUGUAUACAAAUUUACACGAGCAUGUUUGAUAUACCGUAUGGCUCUAUAUUUAUGUCGAACAGAGACUUUUAACGUUUGAAUAGAGGAUAUUUUUGAUAUGGUGCCAGACGACCGAGAAGUGUCGAUAACUAAGCGUUAUCACCGAGAGACGCUUUACAGACAGAGCCGCUUUGUGCUAGCGAGCGCGACGAAUAUCAAUGGUGCGAGGCGACAAUGUGUUGUGCUGCGAGUGAAUGCGAGCGCUCACCUUGUCCUUCCACGCCGUCUUUCCCGACUCAUUUGUUUGCAGCAAGGCUGUUCUGACGUCUCCUUGCUCCCUCACACUGCCAACUUGAUAACAAAUUGUACCUUCUCAAUUGUUUCAAUGCAGUCGAACCUCUGAAGUCUAAUGUCCCCGAGGUCGUUCAAUUGAGAGUUUGGGUCCCACUAGCAGUUUUUUUAAUUUCUCACGAACUACAUUUACGUUAUCGGUCCCUUGGUACCAACAUGGUAGAUGUUCCGACUUCCUCGGAAAUGACCUGUGGCCAAAGUUUGACGUUGUUGGAGGAUAUACGAUUCUAGAGACACGAAAAGAAAAACAUUUUGUUAAGUGAGAUUUCCUAACUGUGGACAUGUGGGUCACUUUUUUUUCUUGCUUUUAGUAAUUCUGGUUUGUUGGAGAUGACUCCACCGUCCCCCUCCCCAGCAGGGGGCGCUGUUUUUUUGUGUCCCUUUGCACCAGAAUGCAUUGCUGCAUCCAAUUUUGAACUUUUCCCCUCAGUAAGAAUAUUAAUAAUUAUUAAGUGUCUUUUUGUUCCCCAUAAUUUGUUAAAUGUGUGUUUUAACGCUUGGAUUACAUUUGUACAAUUAGAUGUUAACCCAUGUGUUAGGUAAACAUCAUACAGUAUUUCACCGUGUUGCAUCAAAGUAUUAGUAAAGGAGAUCCUUUGCUACUAGCAGAGCAGCUUUUUCAGGUCCAGACUCAGCAGCAUUGCCAACGUCUGCUUACAAGCUGACACCUGUCCUCCAAAAAGUGUCUCAUUCCAAGGAAAGAGUAGCCACUUAAUGAGCUGUUGUGCCACCAGGCAGGUAAACAACCGAUUGGUAUGCAGGACGCUCAUUCAGCAGCAGCAGCCACGCUGAGCAACACGCUGAGCAAUGACAAUCACCUUAUUGUGACCACCCCUGGGCAACACGGCCAUUAGAGACAUAAAUAGGGAGACUCCAGGCUCACAAAUUUAGAACUGAUAUAUAGUAUAACGUGUGAGACCUCACCGGCUCUCAAGUCCUCAGUUCAGCAAGCAAUUCACUCUGGAUUUGCGUUUGGCAUUUCAUGGCUUCUUUUGUGACAUUUCCUCUAAAAAAGAAAAAGAAAAAAUAGAAAAAAGAGAGAGAGAGAAAAAAAGGAAUAUAGGUUUGGUAUACUCCUGGGUCAAUGUGAAUUCUGGCUUUUGUUACCAUGACGACCUGGGGUAGAACCUUCACUAGAGCCUUGUCUGCUCUUCUUGUGAGAGCCGAGCUCAGACUGGAAAGGCAAAUGCAUAUUACCGAAUGAUGAGAAAAAUCCAAUCAAAUCUGGGUUCCACCAAAUUGUGUUCGACUUUAGAGGUUCCACUGUAUUGUCUUAGUUGAGUCCGAUCAUGUGCUUCUCUGUCCAGCUAAACAAUAGAAAUCAAAUCAAAAUAAUAUGAAUAAAGAAAUGACCAAAAAAGUCCUUGGCAAGACUGUUGUGAGGUUGCAAAAUAAUGUAAAAUAUGCAUUUACCGAUUUUUUUUCUCCACGUUUGUAACCAGCAAAUCGAAAGAAAACGGGAAUAUCUCCUCAAUGAAGUUAUAUCUUUUUGCUGUAUGUGUCUGCCAAUGGAUGGAAAAGAGAUUAUAAGACGUAAACACGUUACACUUGAGGUCUCUAUGUUCUUAUUGCCACUUGGCAGUCGUCAACUUUCUUAUUUGCAUCCUUCGGAGUGAAA